AUGGCGACCGAAGAAGCCAUUGCCGCCGGGCUCAUCGACUGGAUCAACAGUUUCGCUGUUGCGGACCCUGUCUACACGGUAGACGACUUCACCAAUGGCGACAUCAUAUGGAAGGCUCUUCAGCAAAUCGACCGCUUCAGCUUUCCUGGUAAACUACCAGAAGACCCUGAGACCGAUCAAUGGAUCAACAAGUGGACCAACCUUAAACACAUUUACGAUGCACUCUCCAUCUUCCUCGUGGAAGAAUGUGGGCAACGACUGCCUUUGCCUGGUGGUCGGCCUGACCUGAAGGCUAUUGCCCAAUCCUCCUCGCUCACCGACACCAUCGCCCUCCUGAAGCUCCUCGUGGUGGCAGCCAUCAAUUGCGCCGACCGUAUCGAUUACUUGAAGCAGAUGCAAGAGCUGGCAGAGUCAACCCAGGAGGUUUUGAUGCAAACGGUACAAGAGGCAGGAGAAGAUGGAGGGGAAGAUGACGACCCAGAUGCAGAAGACCUGAAUGAUCAAGCACCCGAAGAACCGCUCAGCUCUCCUCGUCGGUCUACAGAGAUGGAAACUGUCCUUGAAUCGGAAGAGAGGCUGGGCAAAGUCAUUGCCGAUAACCAGCGAAUAGCCUACGAGAAGCGAGAACUACAGAAACAGCUUGAUGAGUCGUAUUCCCGGUAUGAGAAACUACAAGAGCGUUUCGACCAAGCUCAGGAUGAUCUGAAAGAGACGAACGACCGCUUGGCUGCCAUUCUUGCAGGGAAGUCCGACAUUUCAACCCGGCCACUGGACUCCAAACACGACACCCUGAUUGCAACAUUAGAGAACCGUGUCCUCGAGGCUGAAUCCGAGGUAGAGGAGUUGCGGAAGAACAACGAAGUCCUCAAAAUUAAGGCCGAGAAGGCUCAAAAGCUGCAGGAUGACUACGACGAGAUGAAGAUUGACCGAGAUCGUCUCGCCCGAAAGGCAAACACAGCAGAGAAAUAUCGACAAAAACUGGAAGCUAGCCAGGAUCUGGAGAAAGACAACACGAACCUCAGGGCUAAAGUGACAGAGUUGCAGAACCAACUCAAGCAGUCUGACUUUGCUCAAGCAAACUCGAGUGACUUACAUCGAGAGAUUGAUGAAUAUCGUCGUCUCUUGCCCAGCAUUGAGCAGGAACGAUACGAGUUGAAUGAGAUGAAGAAGAGGCUUGAAUUUGAUUACCACGCUCUCGAAGCACGUUAUCACGAUGCUGUCGAACAGGUGUCUCGCCAAAAUCAUGCCUUGGAAGACUUGCAAAGCAGAUUGCGUGACUACGAAGAAGGUAUCGCCCCUGCACCAAGAGAAGAACGACCUCCGGACCCGGUCAAUAGAGACUUUGAGCGAGAAGAAGCAGAAUUGGCCGAGUCAGAAGCCCGACUUGCCGCUGCAUUACUAAAUGGAGGUACGACCUCUCCAACGGCAAAGGAUACAGAUCUUGGUCUCUCAAAAGAAACAGAGGCGAGCAUUCCUGGCCUCGAAGACAAGGAGAGCAUCUCGGAGGAUGAACUGAAAGCGAUUAUGUCUGCUAUGCGCGCGCAGGCACAAGCUGGAACGGCCACGGAAAGAGAAUCAUCUCUACGCGCACAAAAGAAAUUGAUUUUAGCGAUCGAGCAACAAAGGACCAAGAACAAGCUCCUACUCGACCAUGUGCAGAAGCAGGACCAGACGAUCAAGGACAUGCAGAAGAUCGAGGUUGAGAAAGAGUCCCAGGAAGUUAAACAAGAUGCCAUACCUCCCAGCAUGAAAGAUGUGGCGGCUAGCUCUUCCCACCUGCUUGAUGAGGAAUCCGAGAUUGAACGACUCACAAAUCAAAAUAUCAUCCUCCAGCGCGAACUCAAACUUAUGGCGUCGGCCUGGUAUGAUCAAAAUUUGCGGCUUGCGAGCGCGAGCUCGGCUGCGUCAGGGCGGAAUCGAAGAACCGGUAAUGCUGGUGAGCCCCGAGGAUUUCUGGGCCGGCAAAGGCGCAAAGUUGACGCCGUCGCCUUUGGGCGAAUCUAA